UCUUUUUGUAGUACAUCUCAUGGUCUACGUCACCUCCUGUCGACACGUCUUGCUAUUGCUAUUUCCGUGUUGCUGUGCUAAUCAUAUCGAUCGAUGAGGAAAGGUGUAAUCUAUUCCAGUUACUGGAACAACGUACGUGCUGAACAUUUCCACCGAGCUGGCGAGGUGAGACGCCAUACAACUCACAUACAUUGACUCGACGACGUCAGUGAAGAACAUCUUCCUCCCGAGCAGCAGGAGUGGACCUCCAACAUGAAGCAGGAGAAGCUACAGCCCCCUCAGAUUAAAGAGGAAGAAGAGGAGCCACAGAACCCCUACUUUGAAGAGGUGGAGCCACAGUCCCCCCAUAUUAAAGAAGAAGAGGAUGAACCAUGGCCCCCCCAUACCAAAAAGGAAGAGGAGGAACCCAGCAUCAGUCAGGAGGGAGAGCAUAGGUUGUGGGAGUUCCGGGUGAUUGGUGACAUUGUGAAGAGUGAGGGUGAUGAGAUCAAAGUUGAAAGUGAGAAGAGAGAGGUGGAGCCUUCAAGCAGCAGCUCAACUCGACACAUAACAGAAGCUCAUGGAGACCACUGUGGUGGAUCACAAGCAGAUAACCUCUUAAUUCCACUAUCAGAGAGUGAGGACACAACAUCACACUCUUUUGACACCGAUGAUGAAGACUAUCAAGCUGGUAUGACACGUGACACUGACAACACACAUUUUAAAUGCUCUCAUUGUGACAAAACUUUUAAAUAUCAUAGCCUACUGAAAACACACAUGAUAAUACACACUGGAGAGAAACCAUACAUGUGCUCAGUUUGUGGUAAAAGUUUUCCCCAGAAGGCAAGUUUGACCAAACACAUGAAAAUACACACGGGAGAAAAACCUUUUUCAUGUUCAAGCUGCAAUGAAAGCUUUUGUGACAGAACAAAUCUUGGAAGGCACAUGAGAAUACACACUGGUGAAAGACCAUUCAUAUGCACUGUGUGUGGUAAAGGUUUCACUCAUCAAGGAAAUUUGACACAGCACACAAGAAUCCACACAAGAGAUAAACAGUUUACCUGUUCAGUGUGUGGUAUAGGUUUUGUACAACAAUCCCAUCUGACAAAACACAUGGCAAUACACACCGGAGAAAAACCAUUCAUAUGCUCAGUUUGCAGUAGAAGUUUUGCUCAGAAAGGAUCUUUAACAAAACACAUGAGAAUACACACUGGAGAGAAACCUUUUUCAUGUUCCAGCUGCGACAAAAGCUUUUCUGACAGAUCAAGUUUUGUAAGACACACAAUAACACACACUGGCGAGAAACCCUUCAUGUGCUCAAUUUGUGGUAAAAGAUUCUAUUACAAAGGAAAUUUGACAACACACUUUAAAAUACACACUAUAGAGAAACGGUGUGUAAAACCUUUGAGAACGCACUCUGGUGACAGACCAUUUGUGUGCUCAGUUUGUGGUAAAAGUUUCACUCAGAAAGGAAAUUUGAAAACGCACACUAAAAUACACACUCAAUAGAAAAUGCUUACCUGUUCUCUGUGUGGUGAAGGUUUUGAACAAAAAGUAAAAUUUAAAAAACACAUGAGAACACACAGUGAGAGAAUGUGUUGAGUUGCAGUGUGUGUUAAAGAUUCUCUGAUACGUGCCAGGGUAAAAGUCAGUAGUGUGCUGAGGUAUAUUCCAGAAAGCAGGUUAAGUAAAACCUCUGAGAUGAGGGAAAUUGAGGGUUUUUUAUUCGAAAAAAGAGAGGUUAGUCAAUGUCAGUUACCAUGGUAAUGAACUCUACCUUACCUGUUCACUGGCAGGUUUCCUUGAACAAACCCUGUUUUUUAUGGUUCCUCCCUCCUGAUGAACAUGAAGCAAACAAUCAGAAAUAGUUCAAACAAAUAAUUACUGACAGUUUAUGUAGGUAGAGGAUUUUCAGGCCAUGGCUAGUUAUAUAUACUUUCGUUGUAUACAAAUAUCUUAUUAGCCAAUUAAAAAAAUAUACUGGAUUUUAGGUACUUAAGAAAAUAUUGGAUUUGUUUGAAUUGGAAUAAAAACAUUUAAUGAAGGUAAGUCUAAUAAUUUGAUGUUUUCAUUAUUAUUUAAAAAAUAACUAAAGCCCAGGCCCAUUACAGUUCGUACCAUGAUCCGGAUGAGCGUGAGGUUUAGGGGGAAAGUGUAACAGAGGCCUGCCAUAUGUAUGAUGGGCCAUAUGUAUGAUCGUAAACCUCACUCCCUGACGAUCUCAAGACCAGGGCUAGCUAUCAGUUUGAUAGCUUAAGCUUUUAGCUUGGUAGCUAACACGCUCGUCUGUCAUGUCGGCAACCCAGGUUUGAGUACCGGGCGGAACAAAAAAAGCAGGGAUUGAACCAGGAGACUAUUACUUCAAUUAAACAAAUUGAACUGGCAAGAAAAUAAACUUGAUAAUGAUGAAAAAACUAUAUAUUUUAACCACGAUAUUUAAUGUGUCUUAUAAUUACAUUCUGAUAGUAUACUUGUUGGGUAUUUCGUUAUUGUAAAUAUAACUACAAUAUGAGCUAGAUCACUUACCAUACAAAAAACCCUGGAAAAAGUAUAUUUUAGUACAAAAUAUUUAUUGGUCUAACAGGUUGGUUAAAAAAAUAAACAGUCAAUGAUAUUUACUUUACAUUUUCCUUGACUUUACACAUCAAAUAUAAUUUAAAUAAAUCAGAGAUAAUUGUUUUCAGCUUCUUUCAUGUGCGUUAUGGGUGGAGUUACACCUAAAUUAAAAUAUUUUAUUUCAUGUCAUUUCUCCACUUUUUUUUUUACCUGUUGGCCAAUAAGAACAUAUGAUUUAACAUUUAAAAAAUAAACUAAGGCAUUCAAACUUAUGCAUUUGCCCUGGCAGUAUUAAUUUCUCACUUCAGUCCAAUAAUAUUUUACUGUAUUAUUUGACCUACUCACCAUAAACACACAAUAACACAAGCUCACUUUCAGUUGGAUAAACAAAGACAAACUUUUAUGUCCACAGUUGCUUUGAAUAAUCAUAGAAUCAUCGCUGCGUUAAUCAUGACUUUUAAUGGUGAACUUAAAGGGAAACAACACUUAAAAAAAAAAGCCUAUUUUUCACAAUCCUUAUGAGAGACAAGAACACAUAUGUAUUUUUAAUUAUUUUGCAUUCUAAUUUAUAAUAUAAAUUGACUUGUUCUAGGUGUUUAGCAAUGUUACUAAUCGUAGCAAUUAAUUCUGCCUCUAAAUCUGUCUAAAAAUAUAUCCAAAAACUGCCAACAAUACUUCAUUUUCGUUCCGGAAUCUGCAUAAUGACCAAGCUGUAACGACAUUGUUAUUGUAAGAGCAAACACUUGGGUGACUCAUUAGCUGCACAAUGUGUCAUGUAUUUGCUUUUGUCAUUCCAUUGUUUAAUUGCACAUACAAAUACACUAAAUGUUGUUUGUACAUACAAAAAAUAGAAAUUCUGUUGAUACAUAUAUUUGUAUGUGUUCUUUUUUUCUAUUCUCCUUGUGACUUGUCUUAAAGAGCCGUUUUUGUUAUAAAGUGUCAUGUAAAUACUCAAAAAAUAUUUGUUAGAAUACAGUGUUUCCCACAGGACAGGCAUCUAU